AUGUUCGAAGACUCCACGCGUAGUCAUUCUAACGAAAACACCAAAGAAACUCAGGGGAAUGCUAUGUCAGCACCACUCUCUACGACUGCACAUGAAGAUAAUGCCCUGUAUUCUCUUGACGUUUUUGAGGGAUUUCAAGAGCCUAUAGGAUACAUAAGCAAUGGCGGGGGAAAUCUUGGGGGCGACGAGUGUCCGACAUACCACAUGAUAGAUUCGAACAACUGCCAUGUUUUGAGGGAAAUAGUGUAUUUGAAUGCUGUUCCUCAGGAGAUUCCAUCUAAUGACUACAGUAAAGGUGCUUGGCUUGCAGAUUUGGAGUCUACUGAUAUCGGCCAUGUUGUCAACACCGAUGUUGUUUCGCAGGCAGUACCUGGUCCUCCUGUUCCCCUAUCUGAAACUGCAGCCACCCUGCGGUGUCCUGAAUGCAGUGAUUCCGUUAACUGUGAAUGCCAAUUUUACUUGCAUAGAAUACUGCAACAUACAUCACUUGAUUCCCUUAAUGACCUCAAAUGUCAAAUAUGUGGCAAAACUUGCUCAAGAAUAUCUGCAUUUAAAAGCCAUCUAUCACUUCAUUUACUUCGAAAUGAUCAAGUUUGUCCUCAUUGUCAAACACAAAUUUCCUGUUCCACGUCUGCUCAGGACACCGACGAACAGGUUAUCCCGAUGCCCUCAAAUCAGUACCGAUGUCGGCUUUGCGGAAUUAAUAAUUCAUCAUUGACUCAACUCCGUAUGCAUUAUAAGCACAAUCACCCCAAGAGGCAGGCUGACAACUCGGAAACUUUACCCUCAUCUAAGAUACACGAACCUUCGGAAUCAUCCAGUUCUCAAUCUCGUGGACGUAGCUGCAAAGUCAAGGCAUCGACAUUUAUAAAAGAGAUAGCAACAGCCUCAAAACAUAAAAAGCGUCGCCCGCCUCCUACGUCAGAGCCUGUGCCAUCCCCUCAGGUCAAGCACAUUGACUACUCCCAGCAUGUGAAGAAAGUUUCCGUAUCAAAAAAGAAACAGGUCUUCCAAUGUGAAAUCUGUGGCAAGAAGCUAUCCUCAAUGACUAUAGCUAAGGCGCAUGUAUUAACACAUUUAGGAGUGAAGCCAUUCUCCUGUCCCAUUUGUUCCAAAUCAUUCACACAAAAGGGGUCGGUUGAUACCCAUAUGGCUAUUCACAACGCAGCAAAACAGCUUUCAUGUCAGUUUUGUCAGAAGAAGUUUACGUUCAAGCAAAACCUCGAUGUUCAUCUUUCAAGGUAUCAUAGAAAGCUGGCCAAAGCGACAAACAGUGCCCAAAAAAGUCAAGAGUUUCAUUCUUUCAUCGUAAAGUAUGGGUAUCUUUCGUAUUCUAUACUGUCUUCAUUCUACCUCUUUUUAUCGAUGUUUACUAGUUAUACCGGUAGGCGGUGUGCCUGUCGCUUUUGUUUCUUAACAUUUUCUAGCAUUUCUAUGCAUUGUUCGCACGAACUCUUGCACCUCAAAAGGCGGAAAUUCUCAAAGUUAUAUGCGUUGGGACUCCGAAGGCGAUUAGUUCGUCCGUAUCUUCGAAAGUCUGUGGACAAAUCUAGAACUGAUAUCAAUUUUAUCCAUCUCUUGGAAUCCAAUUCUGAGGAGGUUCUUAGACCCUACUCGGAGAAAUCGAUCCGUCGUUGCUCUUUCUGUAAUUUCAGCUCCUACAAUAGUGUGGCUCUCUCUCUUCACAGACAAGACCAUCGAUCUAUUCGCAAACGUCAUCUUGAUAAGCUGAAUUCUAUUAGCUUGUUGCUGAAUGCUUCACAGCCUUACUCCUGCUGUCCUUGGUGCUCGAAAAUUUUUACAUCCACGCGCAGCUCCAAGUUGCAUUUCGUAACACACUUCAUGGCGGAUGCUUUUGUUUGUGAGAAAUGCGACCGUCGUUUCGUUAGUGCUAUCCUGUGCAGGCGACACAUGCGCUUGAAGCACGGUUUGCGAAAAUUUAAAAUGCGAGUAAUCCUUCGCUUUGACCUACCCAUUAGUCUGCAACGUCGAAUAAGUCUAAAACCGGUGCUUCUUGCUGAGCCUUCGAUCGUUCCAAUUGGCGAUUCUAACAUUCCAGUAGAGAUAAUUCAACUCACUGAAGCCCAACAAAUCCAACCUACUACCUUCACUGAACAGCUGAGUCAGGAGGUUGUAUGGCUCUCUGAGCCAGACUUCCAUAUUCCUGAUGUAUCACAGUCCUCCGUAAUAAUUGUGCCGCCAGAUUCUGGUCAAGAACAGUUGGCAGAUACACAGAUUUUUCCAAUGGAUCAAUCAUUCGUCCUGGGACAGGGUUUCCAGCCAGGAGACAUGUUCCUUCUCCCUCAAGGUUCGGUUCUUGAUAGUCUAGACAGUUACAAUCAGGGCGUAUUCUACAGCGAUCAGGUCAAUUUUGUCGAUGCGUCGACCUUCGAAACGGACUACCAACCUAUGGUCGACUUCGUCCAGGAAUCCAACUCAACGUUAGACUUCAACGCCGAAGUUACAAUAGCAACUGAUGCUCCUCCUCCUCCUCCUCCUCCGCCACCACCACCACCACCGCCACCGCCACCGCCACCGCCUCCUUCACCAUCACGGUUAACUCAGGAGAUCCUAGAUCAACAAACAGGUAUCGUAGAUCUUUUCGGUUGCUGCCAAUGCACGGCGCGGUUUGAUAAUGGCGUAGCCCUAUCAAAUCACGUCAUUUCGCAUGCCACAUCCACACGGUAUAGUGUCUGUUUGACAUGCGGAACAAGUCGGCUGGAUACGGAAGGUGUUGUUUCGUGCGGCAUCUGCGGUCAAAGUACCUUUCAUCGGGUCGAUGCACUGUUAGACGAUGCAAUGAUCGGUUGUGCGCGGUUCUAUUGCACUCACUGCAAUCUGGUCUUCCCGGAGUUGCACCAGCUUGAGGCACAUGUGGCCGAGUUGACCACGGCAACUAUCUUUCAACAUCCACCGAUUGUGGAGGAAGUGGUGACUGUGGAUUCUGUUCAGCCACCAUCUUGUAACAGACGACCCGCGCAACAAAAGAAAACGCAUUUCGAGUUGUGCGCGGAAGAAGUACAAAAAGUCAUACAGAAUCAACCCACGGCUGAGUCAAGUCUCUCAGAGAGGCUGCUGUACGAGGCUGCCUGCGAACGAGAUUUGAGGAGUUAUCCAAAGGGGAGUGGAAGACUGGUGGAUGAUUCGUCGACUCCGAAAGAGCGACCUCACGUCUGCACAGUCUGUUCUUUCCGCUUUCAACGCAGCUCCGACUUGCAUAGGCAUAUGUUUCUGCACACAGGGGUCCGACCAUACAGCUGUAAGUUCUGUAAUCGCCGGUUUAUUCUCCCUCGACGUUUGCUGGCCCACGCGACUCGUUUACAUGGCUCUGAAGGAGCAGCAUGGGCCACCGCCUUCCUUUCUGGUCGACCGCGGUCUCGCCGUUUUCUCUCUCUCACCUCUGCUUCUUCUGCCUCUUUCACCUGCCAUUUAUGUGGUGCUGUGUGCAGCAGUACUGGCAGUCUCCACUCUCACAUGCGUAUUCAUACUGGUACUAAGACUUAUGCCUGUCCCAAUUGCUCCCUCUCCUUCCGCACCCCCAUACAGCGAAAGCGCCACCUCAAUGUAUGUCAGAAACGUUCCAUGGAGCCACCAGCGGACCUCGAUGCUGCACAGGCAGAGCCGCCAUCUUUUGGCCUAACUCCCUACCUUAUCAAUUUACCGCAGUCCAGUGGAUUUAAGGAGCUUCUUACUGCCGAUAUUCACUCUGCUCCUCCACCUCCUCCUCCUACUCGAACCUCCACUUCGUCCCAAAAAUACGUCAAACUGGACGACAAAGCGGCAACUUCCUCGAGCUAUAUUAGUCUCUGGCAGUGCAAACACUGUCUAGAGAACUUCACAACCAACAAAGCGUUUGCAAAUCACAACUGUCCCACACAGGCUACGUUUCCACGAACUCUACACCAAUUGGAAAAGGAAAAUGCCUCGAGGGGUCCUGGCGGGGCUAGCCGCAGCCCUCACUCCUGCUCUGUCUGCGCUAAGGUGUUCAUUCGAUCCACGGAUCUGAGGCGUCACGAACGAGUGCAUUCAAACGAGCGACCAUUUGUAUGCGAGGUAUGUAGUGCGCGGUUCUCGCAAAGUGGUAGUCUACGGAUCCACCAACGCAUACACGAGGAGUCGGGGCGGCGUUUCAAAUGCCGAGUCUGUGGAGUCGCUUUCUUCGUGCGCAGCAACAUGCUGCGGCAUAUGGCGCGGGUGCAUGGACACCCAGCUAGAGGUUGUAACACGGCGGUGGAUUCUUAG